UCUUAACAGUGUUCCCAAAUUAAAUGGAUUUUGACUUUAAAAUGAGAACAUCUAAUGAACGAGCUAAAGUUGAAGAUUUGUUUGAAUAUGAAGGCUGUAAAGUUGGAAGAGGAACUUAUGGUCAUGUCUAUAAAGCAAGAAGAAAAGAUGGGUUAGCAUAUAAUAAUAAAAAGUCUGAUCCAAAAGACUAUGCAUUAAAGCAGAUUGAAGGCACUGGAAUAGCCAUGUCUGCAUGCCGUGAAAUAGCUCUUCUUAGAGGACGUAAGCAUCCUAAUGUGAUAAUUCUUCAAAGAGUGUUUCUAUCUCACACUGAUAGAAAAGUCUUUUUGUUGUUCGAUUAUGCAGAACAUGAUUUAUGGCAUAUCAUAAAAUUUCACAGAGCUGCCAAAGCAAAUAAAAAGGCUGUAAUGGUGCCAAAAGGAAUGGUUAAGUCUCUAUUAUAUCAAAUUUUAGAUGGAAUUCAUUAUUUACAUUCCAACUGGGUCUUACAUAGGGAUCUAAAACCUGCAAAUAUUCUAGUUAUGGGUGAAGGUCCUGAGCGUGGUAGAGUAAAACUAGCUGACAUAGGUUUUGUUAGGUUAUUCAAUUAGCCUUUAAAGCCCUUAGCUGAUCUGGACCAUGUUGUAGUAACAUUUUGGUAUCGAGCACCUGAAUUACUUUUGGGAGCUAGACAUUAUACUAAAGCUAUAGGACAUGUUGUAUUGGUCUUUGUGAGGAGACAUGGCAUUGACUUCAUCAAAAUUUUCUGAUACACCACUAGUUCUGUACAUGUUGUAUUGGUCUUUGUGAAGAGACAUGGCAUUGACUUCAUC